UGCAGAUGCGUUAGAUAGAAACUAUUUGUCAGCGACUGACUUGAAUUUUUUGCCUCCACGGUGAUAAGAAGUCUGGCGCUUAUAAUCUCAUGUCUGACCGUGAGCGGAGCUAUAUUAUCCUCCACCUGCUCUUCUCAGUUUCGGAGUUUGCUCUCGGUUUCUGCAGGAGCCUAACUUUCACAGCAAGGCAACUUCUUCCACACUUUGGUACUUUGGCACAAGCCGGGACAUUGUGUCCGCACCUCAGCAGCUACAGGGAGUCACCACGUUUAUUUCCUUCACUUAAAGAGGAAAGAUUUUGGCAGAUACUAGAGUUGUUGAAAGGAAAGCGGUCAAAGCUUUCUGGUUCGCAGGGAAUAAGAAGUUAAUCGUUCAUUUGGAGCCGCUGGAAGACACUUUGUAAAACAGGGCAGAAGUUUCCCAGCACCAUGAGAGGAGCGGUGGUUUUCCAGAUGUGGAUAGUUUUACUGUUAGCCACUUUAAGCAGAGUCGGAAAGGCUCAGGUCGCCAAUGCCAAAGUGUUGAGGGGCAACAGCAGAAGAGACGACUUAUACCACAAGGACGAAAACAUCACGGUGACCCCAGCGGGCGGCGUCAUCAUCAGCCCAAACUACCCCAAAGCCUAUCCCCGCAACCUGUGUCUGUCAUGGAAACUGCAGUCACCGCCUGGGAGCCUCAUCCACCUUGAGUUUGAUGAACAGUUCAACCUGGAGGAGCCUGUGAAUGGAAAGUGCAGUUAUGACUUUGUUGAGGUGGAGGAAACAUCACAGACCAGUACUAUAAAGUGGGGUCGUUGGUGUGGGCAGAAGGCACCCUCUACUCUAACCUCUAAAUCCAACACACUCAGAAUCACCUUCAAGUCGGACGAUUACUUUGUCGCAAAGCCAGGAUUCAAAAUCUACUACUCACUGCUGGGUGAUGCCAACACUAACUGGGUGGCUGUCACUGAACUCAUGUCGGACAUGGGUGAAAACGAGAUGCCAGCCACAGAGGUUCCUCAGACACUGGAGGACUUGGACAGAACCAUUGCUGCCUUUGACACUAUAGAACAGCUUCUUAAAUCUUUGAGUCCAGAUACUUGGAGACAAGACCUAGACAGCAUCUACACUCAAACAUACAUACAUUAUAGAUCCAAGUCCUAUCAUCUGGCCAGCAGACAGAAUAAAGUCGAUCUGAAUCGUCUCCAUGAUGAAGUCAAGCGAUACAGCUGCACACCUCGCAACUACUCUGUGAACCUGCGAGAGGAGCUGAAGACCACCAAUGCUGUCUUCUUCCCCCGAUGUCUGCUGGUGAAACGCUGCGGUGGCAACUGUGGUUGUGGAACCAAUAACUGGAACACUGGCUGCACCUGUCAGCCCUCAAAAACCACAACAAAACUACACGAGGUGCUGAAGUAUGCCCCGGAGACCAGUCCGUUCAAGCAUGAGAAGAGGCAGCGGAUGCGCUGGGUUAUUGACGAAAUUUUUCUCAUGCAUCAUGAAAUAUGCGAGUGUGCAUGUCCCCUGCAACCCCCUCGCUGAGACACUGAUCCUGGCUUUUGUGUCUAGAACUGAUGGAUGAAUUAUUUUCCCUGUUCGCAACGGACUCUAUAUACCAAACAGCACCGCUGACAAACAUGCAGCAGAGACGAGGGCAACGAUUUGACUGAUGCACUGCAGCUUGCAUUGUACAAAACGACAUUUGCCUCAGAAAGCAAAUCACUUUCUCUGAGCACAGAUCGCUAUUUGCUGUAGAAAAGCACAAACCAUUCCAAUCAAACACGUUUCUUUUAACCUUCUCUGUUCAUAUGACAUCUUGACAUAAUGUACUGUAUGUUGCAGAAGUAUUUACACCCUUGAAACUUUGUCACUUUCUGUCAUGUUAGAACCAUGAAUUUCACUGCUUUUUUGGAGAUUUUAUAGGAUAGAUCCAGACAGAGUUCCAUAUAGUUGUGUAAUGAAAGGAGAAGAAUUUCAACUUUUUUACACUUAAAAAACAGAAAAUUCCCAUCAACUCUGAUAAAAUCUGACCUGCAUAUGAAAAGCAUUCCCUCAGUAUGAUGUUGUCACCACCAUGUGUCCCCAUGGUUGUUUAGGACGAUGUGAAGUGUUGUUUUUCUGUCAUGACCGAAGUACCUUCUUCCAAAUGUUUCCUGUGCCCCCUACAAUGAUUGGACAAAGUGCAAGUACUUUGUUUAAUGAAUGACUUUCCUCUUGUCACUCUCCAUUAGGAGCCAGAUUUGAGAACUAAUUGUUUUCCUGGUGAUAGAUUAUCCAGCUCCUCCAGACUUACCAUGGGCCUCCUGGUAUCUCUGAUUAUUGUUUUCCGUGCCCGCGUUGUCAGAUUAGAUGGAUAGUCAUGUCUUGGUAGGUUUCUGGUUCAACAGAGCUCCAUGAGAUGUUGCUCAAGAUAUUGUUUUAUAACCUAACAAUGUUUUAAACUUCCCCACAUCUUUAUCUGUUUGCUUUAAUCCCCAGAUUUCAUGAUUUUGUUUGUUCACAAAUAUUCUCUAACAAAUAUCUAAAGCCUUCAACAGCAUCUGGAUUUAUGCUGAGAUUUAAUUAUACACAAGUGGACUCUUUACUAAUUUAGUGACUUCUGAAGGCAAUUGGUUGCAAUGGAUUUUAUGUAGGGAUACGGUGUUAAAAAGGGAUGAAGUUAUUCAUGCCACAUCUUUUAUUUCCUUCAUUUUUUUCCUUCCCAUUCUUAUUCCCAAUAAUGCAGUAAUUUGUAUUGGAGUGUUGCAUAAUAUCCCAAUACAAUACUUUGAAUAUUGUGGAUGUAACGUGACAAAAUGUGGAAAGAUCCAGGAGUGUAAAUACUUUUACUUAAAUACAUUUUUUUUCUUUAAAUCUAAACAGCAAAGAGCACAUCUGAAAGAAAUAAAAACAUGUGUGUUGAAAGUUACUUUAGGUUUUAGAGGGUUUCACUAUAUGCCAGACUAAAUUAAGUAAAGCUACACCCAAACUACUAUUUAAACUUUCUGCAUUUUACUUCUAUGUCUCAUGUGUAUGCAUUUGCAGGUUUUUGUGUUUAAUGACUGUUUCUACUUCAGGCAAAUCCUCUGCCAGUAGGAUGCUGAGCGAGCGGCAGAAGGAGGGAGGAAAAAAGGUGGCAGGAAGUUUACACCAAAAUAACACAUUCCUAGUUGUGAAAGUAGGCUAACUAGAAUCCUUCUAGUCUGAAUUUUACAAAUUCUGGGCAAAUACAAAUACAAAAACAUUAAUUCCAGUCAAUCCAAGGCCCACAUCUGUUAUAUAUGUGCAAAGUGUGGCUUCAUUUCGCUCAAAUUCAGUUCAAGUAUACACUUUGACUUUGUGCAUUUGUCCGCCAACACAUCUCAAGACACACAUUCCCUUCAUCACUCACUUUCUAACAUCAAAGAAGGCGUCAGAUUGUGCUGCGGCAUUCCUGGCAUUCCGGCUGCUGAGCGGAAUUCUGCUGCGGCGGAUAAAACUGAACCUCGGACCCCGAACAUAUUACACAGGAAAGGGAGGUGGAAAUUCAGGAAGAGAGACCGAGAGGAAGUUUUUAGAAAAGGUGUCUGAACAGUCAGGAUGUCUAUUUGUAGAUUAGCAGUAUUUCAGGAUGAGACACUUUCUGCAUGAAUAAGAGUAACCCUCCUGGUGAAAAUAUAAGCCAUACUUAAAUGUGUGGGUGUGUGUGUCAGUUUCUCUCUAAUAGCUCAGGAAGAGAUCCUUUUGUUUUAAAAGGUGGAGGGUUACAAACAGUCUGUGAGAGUUGGCAGCAGCUACGGACAUGUGAAUGGUCAGCAUGUGCAAGGUACAUGCAUGUUGGAAGAUAUCAAACCAGUAGCAGCAAAGCAGAAAGGCAGCAAUUCAAAUACCCUUAAAAGUGUGAGUAGGUGUUCAUCUGUCACUUUUCUUUCAACCUUUCCAAUCUCACCUUCCAAACACACAGGCUGACUUACUGGGUUUCAGAGGAAAUGACAUUUAACAUAAUACUUUACUCCUGAAGACUAAAAAAACAAAAUAGCUGGACAUCGAAAUGGUUAUUCAGCUUCACGGUAAACCAAUCAAUGCAGUAGUUUUACAUGCAUGUGUGCUGCAAGUCACGGCUGUUAAGGUUUGGGAUAUUUAAGACUCUAAUACUGCAAUAGUCAAGUUUUAGGUCACCUAUACCAGGCAACACUGACGUAGAGAUGUGGAUUAAGUUUUUUGGCUUACCUUAAAUAGAUAUAUAUUCUUCUCAUAGUUAGAAUGUUAUAAAAAACAACUUUUGAAAUGAGUAUGUGUGGAAAACAAAUCCCACGUUAGCUUGGAUGUGGAUGUGUGGGGGUGUGUAAAGUGCAGCACACAGGCCAUUUGCUGUCCUCAGAAUGCUUUUGUGUGUCCUGCCAUUGCAAUUCAAGAAUUUAGCAAACUUGGCCCACAAGCACAGGGGACUGAUAGAAAUGGAAAUUAUAUAUAAUAAAAAAAAAAAAUCUUAACUUUCACAGAAUUGAAAUCUUCAAAUGGACAAUCUUAGAUACAACACAAAGUGUUUUUCUUUCAUUAAUGUUUUUUUUUUUUGUUGCUUUUAUUUAAAUUUCAUAGUAAAUAGGACCACAAACAUUCAGCGAGGGUUGCUCAUUCAUUAAAGUUGGCUAAACACAGCAAGCGUUUUCAGACAAAGAAUGACACAUAUCCUGCUCUUGUUGAGAAUAGAUGAUACAUUUUUGGCUAGACCAAGACAGAAGAAAACUAUUUUGCUCGCUUCAUUGAAAUAAUGUUUUGGCCCACAUGUCAAAAAGUUUGAUUUCUGUUGAUAUAGAGAGCUGAAUCUGACUAUUCCUUUUUGCAUAUUCUCUGUAGAUUGGCCAGUUCCUCAUUUUUCCUCACUUAUGUACUUCUGUCCUCAAGUCACCAUGCAGGAUUUCGAUCUGGAGUCUGAGAUGUCCAAGCUUGAUUUUCGGUCUAGUGAACCAUUUCUAAGUUGAUUUGGCCACAUGCUUCCAGUUGAAAGAGACAUUUUUAAUUUACUGUUAGAUACCAUUCGAUUUUUUUAUUUAGGAAACUAAGUUCAAGGAAACCUUGCUGCAUUUUUUUAACAGGAAGCUUUGGAGAUUUUUUUCUACCUUCCUCUCCAUCCUCUAUGUGUGUAGUAAAAAGAUGUGAAUGGUUCCUGGUCCAUCCUAAAGCCAACUGGCUAAAAACUGGCAUCUAUGUCACAUCUCAUUUUACACAGCAGAAAUGGAGUAAGGAAUUAUAAUCAAAAAGUUUAAAUAAACAAAUUUGGCCUCUGUAUUGAUUUUAAAGGAAUUGUAAGGGGUAGAAUAUAAUUUGUGCCAAAAUAAUGUUUUUUAACAUCGGGGUUUUUUUUCGCACCACUAAAUAAAUGUACUCACAUUUAUAGUUGUAUUAUUUGUUAUUUUUCAGUUUGCUGCUAUAAUAGGCCUAAUGUUAAUCGUUACAAGAUUUACAACACAAAUGUUUUUCUUUACAAAUGUGGCUGCAUCUGUAUAUGCACUUUAAUCCAAAUACAGCAACUUCUCUUUGUCGUAGGUUUACAUAUGUUAGUUUGUUAGGCUUGCUCUCAUUUUUGAGUGUUGCUUUUUGAAACGUAAAGAAAAGAACUAGGUUUGAUGAAAGGGAUCAAACAUUUUCCAGUUACAUUUUACCAGAUUGCCUCAAAUCAUUUAUGCAAGUUUUUGCUUUUAACACUAGACCAAAAAAAGAAGACGGAUUAGGGUAAAUUAGUGUAAAAAUAUAAUUGGUACCUAUGAAUUUUAUUGACGACAUUUAAAAGAUCAUUUUACAAAACCGAAAGGAUAAAUUAAUGCAAUCAACUGCAAAUGUAUGCAUUGUAAAAAACACGUGAGUGGAUGUGUGUGUGCAUCCUGUGUCUGCCACUUUGUUGGUGUUAUCAGCACAUUCCUUUGUUAGCUCCAAUGUGACGCUUUUCUUCUAACACACAGAGGUUUGGUUUUCUCACACAGUUCCUUAUAAAAGCAUCACAUAAUAAUGUGGUUCACUUAUAACAAGUAAGGGUAUCAAAACCACACAGUUUCACUUUUUAAACAGAUUUUAUCCAAUGUUCAUGCUUUUACUUCUGUGCAUUCAGAUGGCUGUGUUGUUGUCAACUCAGAGAAAGUUCCUGAUGUCAGAUUAGCAAAGAAAGUCAACCUGCUUUGCUGCAUUGUGAAAAAAAAAUAUUAAUGACCAAACUCACCUGAAUAAUUUAUUGUUUCUUACUGUACUGUUUUGCUAAAAUAUCAGCUGGUGCGUUUUGAUAAAUAAAAUAUUUGAAGCAUCA